AGAUUUGUAUUCCUCAUGCACACGCACAGACAGCAGCAGCAGCGCUUCAGUGUGAGGCAGAGCACAGCGGGGAAACCUCCGUCUACUCUCACUGUCGGCUUGUUUUUAUCUCCACUGAGGAAACGCCUCGCUCCCUGACCUUACAAGUCUCGGAUUUAUGCUGUGCGUGGAAGAAAUCUAUUCGUGAACUCUUCAUAGUGAGGAGAUAAACGGAGGCCAGCAGUCUGCAGUACAACAUAUCAUCAGAAAACAGGAGGAGGACCCAACGCCCUUCCCAGACCGACCAUGCAUACCUGCCUGGGUUGAUGUGCUUGUGCAAUGGAUGCUUUAAUGGGUUUGCAUGGAUAAGUAUGCACCAUUGACAUGCUGAGGUGCCUCUCCUUUUAUGGAUUGCUUUAUGGGAUCAUAACCCGGUGUUUUUUCCUUCAAAACUGAAAGUCAUCUCAGUUUGGAUGCUAAACAACCAAUGAAUCUGAAGCCUGGACGCCUCGAGAUCAGAGAGGCGAGAUAGGCGACGUUGCUAUGUGAUUUAUUGAUUGUUAUAUAUUUAUCAUAAGAUGGGGAACGGUUUCUCCAACAUCGCAGCAUUCCAGUCCCUGCACAUUGUGAUGCUAGGCUUGGAUUCGGCCGGUAAAACCACAGUACUGUAUCGGUUAAAGUUUAACGAAUUCGUCAACACUGUUCCCACCAUCGGCUUCAACACAGAGAAGAUCAAACUCAGCAAUGGCACCGCCAAAGGGAUCAGCUGUCACUUCUGGGACGUCGGCGGACAGGAGAAGUUAAGACCCUUAUGGAAAUCCUACAGCCGCUGCACGGACGGUAUUAUUUACGUGGUGGACUCCGUAGAUGUCGACCGGCUUGAGGAAGCCAAGACAGAACUGCAUAAAGUCACUAAAUUCGCAGAGAACCAAGGAACUCCUCUGCUGGUGAUCGCCAAUAAGCAGGACCUCCCCAAAUCCCUAACAGUCACCGAGAUCGAGAAGCACCUGGCUCUCCAUGAACUGAGUCCCUCCACCACGUACCACGUCCAACCGGCCUGCGCCAUCAUUGGCGAGGGUCUCCAUGAAGGAAUGGACAAGCUAUACGAGAUGAUCGUCAAACGAAGGAAAUCUCUCAAACAGAAGAAGAAACGAUAGACAACUGCAGACUUGUAGAGACAUUUAAAGGGAUAGUUCACCCAAAAACGACAAUUCUGUCAUCAUUUACUCACCCUCAUGUGUCCCCAUU